GCGCGCGCACACACGCGCUUCACAAGAAGCUGCGCGUCGGAGCGCCGCAGUCGCUGCGUCAAGGAGGACACGUAACGGGACCGCUCAGUCUGACCGGAGGACACAUCGAACACAACACAACCCUCCUCACUGCAGACUUCCUGCACACAGAAGCGUUUUUCUCUCUCUGUAGGCCUGAGGUUAUUGAUUCCAGCGCAGACCAAAUAUAAAAAUGGGGUUCAGAGGCACAAUAACAGAUGCUGCGGACUUUGAUCCCACCGCUGAUGCCGAGACCCUUUUCAAUGCGAUGAAAGGCUUCGGCAGUGAUAAAGAUGCCAUAUUGGACUUAGUCACAUCAAGGAGCAAUAGACAGCGGCAGGAAGUCAUUGCAGCGUACAAAUGCAGCUUUGGAAAGGACCUGAUUGAGGAUCUGAAAUAUGAGCUGACGGGCAAGUUUGAGCGUCUCAUCGUCAGUCUGAUGAGAACCCCGGCCUACCAUGACGCCAAAGAAAUCCACGAUGCAGUCAAAGGAGUUGGAACAAGCGAGAGAUGCCUCAUUGAAAUCUUGGCAUCCAGAAACAACAGACAGAUGAAUGAGAUGGUUGCAGCUUACAAGGACGCCUAUGGCAGAGACAUGGAAGAGGACAUAAUCGCGGACACAUCGGGGCACUUUAAGAAGAUGCUGGUUGUUUUACUUCAGGGGACCAGAGAUGAGUCAGGAGUGGUGGACGCAGAUCUGGUGCAGCAGGAUGCACAAGAUCUAUACGCAGCCGGAGAAGAGCAGUGGGGGACCGACGAGGCCAAAUUCAUCAUGAUCCUGGGAAACCGCAGCGUGACCCACCUCUGCAUGGUUUUUGAUGCGUUCGAGAAGGUCGCCGAGAUGUCCAUAGAGGACACCAUCAAGCGUGAGUUGUCUGGGGACUUUGAGAGGCUGAUGCUGGCUGUUGUCCAGUGCAUAAGGAGUGUUCCCAUGUUCUUUGCCAAGCGGCUUUACAAAGCAAUGAAGGGUCUCGGUACAGCCGACAACACCCUGAUCAGGAUCAUGAUUUGUCGUUCUGAAAUAGACAUUUUGGACAUCCGAGAGUGUUUCCGCCUAUUAUAUGAGAAGUCCCUUUUUAACAUGAUUACGGACGACACAUCAGGGGAUUACAAGAGGACCCUGCUUAAUCUAUGUGGAGGAGAUGAUGACAUAGCGGGAGAGUUCUUCCCUGAAGCUGCUCAGAUAGCCUACAAGAUGUGGGAAAUGAGCGCCAUGACCAAAGUGCAGCUUAGGCCAACAGUCCGCCCUGCAUCCAGUUUCGACCCAGCUGCUGAUGCUCAAGCGCUUAGGAAGGCCAUGAAGGGAUUUGGGACGGACGAAGAUGCAAUCAUUGACAUUGUUGCGCAGAGAAGCAAUGCUCAGAGGCAAGAGAUCAGACGGACCUUCAAAUCCCUUCUGGGACGGGAUCUGAUGAAGGACCUGAAGUCUGAGCUUUCAAAGAACUUAGAGAGGCUGAUCAUUGGGCUCAUGUUGACCCCUGCAGAGUUUGAUGCCAAAAUGAUGAGGAAGGCGAUAGAGGGGGCUGGGACAGAUGAACACGCUCUGAUUGAGAUCCUGGUCACCAGGAGCAAUGAGGAAAUACUUGCCAUGAAUGCUGCUUAUCAACAUGCCUAUAAGAAGUCUUUGGAGGAAGCCAUUAAUUCAGACACAUCAGGCCACUUCUGCCGCAUCCUCGUCUCUCUGGUGCAGGGUGCAAGAGAAGACGGGCCUGCAGAUGAGGAAAGAGCUAUUGGAGAUUCUCAGGAACUUGCUGAUGCAUGCAAUGCCGAGUCUGAUGACAUGGUGAUGAAGUUCAUGAGUAUUCUGUGCACCAGAAGCUUCCCCCACCUCAGGAAAGUAUUCCAGGAGUUUGUCAGAUACUCCAACAAGGACAUUGAGCAGAUUAUCAAGAAAGAGAUGUCUGGUGAUGUCAAGAAUGCAUUUUAUGCAAUAGUCCGCAGUGUGAAGAACCAGCCCUCUUAUUUUGCUGAUCGUCUUUACAAAGCCAUGAAGGGCCUUGGUACGGACGACAGGGCGCUGAUCCGCAUCAUGGUGUCCCGAAGCGAGGCUGACCUUUUCAACAUUCGUAAAGAGUUCAAGGAAACACAUGAUGUCUCCCUCCAUGAAUUCAUCAAGGUAGAAACUAUGAUCGGUGAUACCUCAGGAGACUACCGGAAAACCCUGCUGCUGCUCUGUGGAGGGGAAGAUUAAGCUGGACUCGUCUCUGCAGCUCCAUCCUACAGAGUUUAAUGAAAACCCAAGAGACAAGCCUAUUCACUGUGGUGGUUGACGUCAAAAUCCGUCAGUGGCCCUCAACUGCUGCCUCUGCUAAGGCAAACCAAGUGACCUAUGACCUGUGGCCCUGUCUGUCGGAAUGACAUCUUUCUUUUUUUUUCUACAGCUCAUAUGUAACGUGAAUAUGUUCAGGUCGCUUUAGAAAAGUGCUUCACAUGUACAAUAUAUUGGAAAUGAGUGGAAUAGUGCCUUCAGAUUGCUGGCCGCCCAAUGAUUACUGUGAUUUUAAGGUGUCGUGUAAAAUAAAAUAAUUAAAAGCACAA